AUGUCUUCCUUUACGCCUACCAGACCGCGCGCCCCCACCGGCUUCGGCCACUCGCGCAAGUUCUCCAUGGCCAAGGAGCAAAGCGAAUCCACCUCCCAGGUCCAUCGCCAAUUCCGCAAGGCGCACGAAGGCCACAAGGUCCACUCCGGCCUCGACGCCACGCGCGCAUCCACCGGCGUCGUCUGGACGUCUGAGCGCGCGUACGAGCAUGGCUACCUUGAGGACCCCGCGUCAUGGGCCAACCUGGGCCAGGGCGCGCCCGAGGUCGACGACGAAAUCGAGGGCUCGUUUGUGCGGCCGCACAAGAUCGACAUCUCGAUGAGCGGGCGCGAGUACGGCCCCACGGCGGGCAUCCGGCCGCUGCGCGAGGCUGUCGCCAACCUUUACAACGAGCACCACCGGCAGGGCAAGCCUAGCAAGUACACGUGGGAGAACGUGUGUAUCGUCCCCGGUGGUCGCGCGGGUCUGAUCCGUAUCGCCGCCGUGCUGGGCAACAGCUACCUCUCCUUCUUCAUUCCCGACUACACGGCGUACAACGAAAUGCUGUCGCUGUUCAAGAACUUUGCGUCGAUUCCCAUCCCGCUCAGCCAGGACGACAACUACCACAUCCAUCCCGACAAGAUCGCCGAGGAAAUUGCGCGUGGUACGUCGGUCAUCCUGACGUCGAACCCGCGCAACCCCACGGGCCAGGUCAUCACGAACCCGGAGCUGGCGCAGAUCCAGGACAUCUGCCGCGACCGGUGCACGCUGAUCAUGGACGAGUUCUACUGCGGGUACAACUACACGUCCAACUGCGACGGGACGGUGGUGUCGUCGGCCGAGAACGUCAAGGACGUCGACGAGGACGACGUGCUCAUUAUCGACGGGCUGACCAAGCGCUUCCGCCUUCCCGGCUGGCGCGUGGCGUGGAUCGUCGGCCCCAAGGAGUUCAUCAAGGCCAUUGGCUCCUGCGGCUCGUACCUCGACGGCGGCACCAACGUGCCCUUCCAGGAGGCCGCCGUGCACAUGCUCGACCCGGGCAAGGUGCGCUACGAGAUGCAGGCGCUGCAGACGCACUUCCAGAUGAAGCGCGACUACGUCAUCGGGCGCCUGCGCGACAUGGGCUUCGGCAUCACUAACGAGAGCGUGCCCAACUCGACCUUUUACCUCUGGCUCGACCUCAGCAUGCUGCCCGACGGCAUCAACGACGGGCUGAACUUCUUCCACGCCUGCCUGCAGGAGAAGGUCAUUGUCGUGCCGGGCAUCUUCUUCGAUCUGAACCCCAGCAAGCGUCGUGACCUCUUCGACUCGCCGUGCCACCACUUUGUGCGUCUGUCGUACGGCCCGCGCAUGGAGACGCUCAAGGUCGGCAUGGACUCGAUCGAGCGCAUCGUCAAGAAGUACAAGGGCCAACGGGUCGUGCCGCAGGCGGCGGAUGCCAAGGCGGCGCUCGAGGGCAACGGCCAGAUGAGGGCGUAG